ACUUGAAUACUUUGCGUAGUACGAGCGUCGCGUACUGUGAGCUAUGAGCCAACCAUAGCUGUGUAAUCCAGUCUCACUGUCGUUUUCUAGAGAAGCUAGAAUAAUUUGAAGAUAGGGCAAGAUUCCUCUAAUUAAAGAAGUACAACCCAAAUUACGUAAAUGGUGAACGUAAUUCAUGUCAGUUGGAAGUGCUCCUAACAAUGUGCAUAGUGGUACCAAUAAAACUUCCCCAAUAGAUCCUUGCGAGAUUGAAUCAAUUUACCCCUACUGAACUGUAAUUGGUGCGGAGAGUAAGGUGUGCUCUACAAACGUGCAAAAUGUGUGGCUCUGAUGUUGUGUUUCGCUUAUCGUGAUGCUGAUAACAGAAGUGGUGUUGAAAUUACUGUGUUGGUACUAAGUGAUCUAGUUUUUUAUCUUAUUUGCAUUAUUAAAAGUUCCGUCAAUAUUGGCAUUGCUUGAAGUGCUUCCCCAGGUAUAUUGAUGGGAGUCAUCGAGGCGUAACGAUUGGCAUUAAGAGUACGAGCAGCGAGUAUUACUGAAAAAACGCAAACUAGACACAAUACAAAAUCAUUGUUGAUGUUUAGUAAGUUGUUUGCCGCCUGCUGAAUUCUUACGGAAGACAGAUCGUACACUUUUUCUGUUAAGCUUGGUCAAGUAAAGGAUCUACAGAUACAGAUACAGAAAACAAACAUCUCGGAUUAGUGCAUCUUCAAAAGCACGUGUGACGGAUCGAAUUCAACUAGUGAUUAGGACCCAACCAAUCCCCGCAUCCAUUACUUUUUAUACAACACUGUCAUAUCACGUACAAGUCAAGUUUUAUCUUCAAUAUUGAGGAUCGCUAUUGUACAAACUUACAAUCAUACACAGAUAGAUUUUUCAAAGUUGUAAUCAGUUGCUGAGAACGAAAAAAAGACAUACGCCACAAUGGUUGACUACUAUAAAGUAUUGGAAGUAUCGCGUACAGCCACUGAAGCUGAAAUAAAAAAAGCAUACAGAAAAUUGGCAUUAAAAUGGCAUCCGGAUAAGAAUCCAGACAAACCAGAAGAAGCUAACCGACGAUUUAAGGAGAUCUCAGAGGCUUAUGAAGUGCUAUCAGAUGAGCACAAACGAAAAAUUUUCGAUACGAGAUCAACAUAUAAAAGUCAUCAAAACCAUCAUUACACAUAUCGUAGUAAUUCGCCGUCAACAGGUUCAAUGCCAUCGUACAGACGUGGCAAUCGUUACUCUGGUUUCACAUUUCGAGGUCUGUUUGAAUCAACACCGAUUUUCAGAUGGUUUGAUAGGAAACGUCGCAUUUACGAUCAGUAUGGAAAAGAUGGACUCAUGGAUCACGGUGAUCGCCAUCAUCGAACAAGCGGUCGCCACGAGUUUGAUGAAUUCGACGAUAUACUGGGUGGAUUCGGUUUUGUUUUCCGACCGCCUGAAGAAGUUUUCAGAGAGUUCUUUGGUGUGAAUUCACCUUUCGCUGAACUGUUUGGAGAUAUGUCACAUGCAAAUGGUAGUCACAGACGUGGUAGCAACCGUCAUGCACACACACCAAACACAAUCAUGUCGCCAUUCAUGUCGCCAAUGAUGGGUUGUUCAAUGAUGGAUUACUUCUUCAACGCAGACGCGCCAAGCAAUGGAUUCACAUCGUUUUCGUCCUUUAAUUCCAUAUCGAAUGGCAGCGGUGGUGGUGGCGGCGGUGCUGUUAAAAGAACAUCAACCUCAACAACCUUCGUUAACGGAAAGAAAAUUAUGACUAAGAGGGUAUAUGAAAAUGGCAAGGAGACUGUCAUGAAAUACGAAAAUGAUGUCCUCAAAUCAAAGACUGUGAAUGGAGUUGCUCAGAAGAUUCCCUCAAUUAAAAAUUAAUCUAAGUGCGGAGAAAUAGAAGUGAGAAUAAACAGGAAAUCAUAAGGAACAAUAACUUCAGCAAACAAUAUCAGCAAACAGACAAAAAUCGUUCUCGUCAGAAUGCACCAUGCUAGCCAUAAUAACAUGAAUAAAUUAAACAUGACGGUCUGAAUAAAUUUACAUGAAAUCCCCUCAAACUGCAGAAAAAUACGAUUCUAAUUCAUGAUGGAAUGUACUAAUAAUAAAUUUUUUACUUUUCCCUAUUUCGUUUUCAAAUUUCCGUUAAAAUGGAGAAGGUGAACACGAAGCUUUGAGAUUACCUCGAUCAAAACUGAAGUAAGCGAAGUCAAUUGGAAAUGAAUAAGUUCUGAGUUUUGUUUUCUUCCAUUUUUCUGGAACAAUUUCAAUGGCAAAAUAUGAAUACAGUUUGUUUUUCUGGAUUUGCAUUGGAACUUCCUAAGUGAUAUGUAACAUGAGAAUUUUGAUAAACGAUAAAUGAAUAGAAUUUUUGAGAACUCAUAGCGUUGGGAAUUUGUUGUUAAAUGAUGUUCAAGGGUCCACCUAAUUUACAAUGUCGUUACGAACUAAAAUAUGAUAACACUUUGAAACUGUCCGGGAAUUCAGAAACACCGUAGAUUAUACUUGAUAGAAGGAAUGAAUUAAACAGUUGCAACAAUACUUUGAGCUUGACAUUAAUAAUCUGUUGUAUAUUUGAUCAAUUCACUGCAUACUGAGCGUGAAAGAUUUGAACAAGUUGCACUCUUACAUUUCACCGUCACACCUACCCACUGAGGUGAUUCGGAAUAUCGCUCAGCUUCACUUGGGAGCCCCUCGAGUGUUUCCAUUUGUAGUAGACUUCCAGGGACAAAUUUGAAGCAUAAAAAUGGUCAUGUGCAAGGAGCUAAACUGUACAGCCGUUCCGAGUCAUUUGAAUUCGAAAGUAAAGUAAUCACUUUGAUCGUUUUCUCGGUACGACGGGUCACCACGUAUUUGCGAAAAUGACUGUUGGUUCGCGUGAAUAUGACGGAAUAUUACUUUAAGUAUUAGCUUUAGUUACGUACAUUAUUCUCCCAAUUUUGUUCAUUUUAAAAUAUUAAUUUUUCUCCUACAAUUACGCGCGAAUUAGAAUUUAUGUUUUUUUAUUGGUUUAAUUUUAGUGAGAAUUUAAUCUUUUGCAUAACUAUUAAUUAUAAAUCCUAAUUUUACUUAGUAGCCGUACAUAAUGAAUGAUGAUGAUGAUAGUUGGUAAUGUAGUAUACAUGAAGCGGAAAAACCCAUACAUAGAGCAGAAUUCUUGUGUGAAUGGUGAAUGUAUUUCAUUGCAAGCGAGAAAGCGAUUUAUAAUUAUAAUACAUACAAAGAUUUCAUGAGAAUAGUUCUAGAUAAAAAAGAAAUUGAAAUAAAUUGAAACAUAAGAAAUUCACUUUAAUAAUUAUAAAUGUACUCGAAAGUAAACAAACGAGGUCAUUCGAAGAAGAAAGAAAAAUAGACGAAUUAAUAACAUA